AUGGUCCGCUUCGGGGACGAGCUGGGCGGCCGCUAUGGGGGCGCCGGCAGCGGGGAGAGGGCGCGGGGCGGCGGGGCCGGCGGGGCGGGUGGCCCGGGCCCCGGAGGGCUACAGCCGGGCCAGCGGGUCCUCUACAAGCAGUCCAUUGCGCAGCGCGCACGGACCAUGGCGCUGUACAAUCCCAUCCCGGUCAAGCAGAACUGCUUCACCGUCAAUCGCUCGCUCUUCGUCUUCAGCGAGGACAACGUCGUCCGCAAAUACGCCAAGCGCAUCACCGAGUGGCCUCCCUUUGAGUACAUGAUUCUGGCCACCAUCAUCGCCAACUGCAUCGUGCUGGCCCUGGAGCAGCAUCUCCCUGACGGAGACAAGACGCCCAUGUCGGAGCGCCUGGAUGACACAGAGCCCUAUUUCAUCGGCAUCUUUUGCUUUGAGGCGGGGAUCAAGAUCAUCGCGCUUGGCUUUGCUUUCCACAAGGGCUCCUACCUGCGGAAUGGCUGGAACGUCAUGGACUUCGUGGUGGUCCUCACAGGGAUCCUUGCCACAGCUGGAACUGACUUUGAUCUGCGAACACUGAGGGCUGUGCGCGUGCUGAGGCCUCUGAAGCUGGUAUCAGGGAUUCCAAGUUUGCAGGUGGUGCUCAAGUCCAUCAUGAAGGCCAUGGUUCCACUGCUGCAGAUUGGGCUGCUACUCUUCUUUGCCAUCCUCAUGUUUGCCAUCAUUGGCCUCGAGUUCUACAUGGGAAAAUUCCACAAGGCCUGUUUCCCCAACAGCUCAGAUGCAGAUCCUGUGGGUGACUUCCCCUGUGGCAAGGAGGCCCCUGCCCGGCUGUGUGAGGGUGACACCGAGUGCCGGGAGUAUUGGCCAGGACCCAACUUUGGUAUCACCAACUUUGAUAACAUCCUGUUUGCCAUCUUGACAGUGUUCCAGUGUAUCACCAUGGAGGGCUGGACUGACAUCCUCUACAAUACAAAUGAUGCAGCUGGAAACACCUGGAACUGGCUCUACUUCAUCCCCCUCAUCAUCAUCGGCUCCUUCUUCAUGCUCAACCUUGUGCUGGGUGUGCUCUCAGGGGAGUUCGCCAAGGAGCGAGAGAGGGUGGAGAACCGCCGUGCCUUCCUGAAGCUCCGCCGGCAGCAGCAGAUCGAGCGGGAGCUCAAUGGGUACCUGGAGUGGAUCUUCAAGGCUGAGGAAGUCAUGCUGGCAGAGGAGGACAAGAAUGCAGAGGAGAAGUCCCCUUUGGAUGCCGUGUUGAAGAGAGCCGCCACCAAGAAGAGCCGCCACGACCUGAUCCACGCUGAGGAGGGGGAGGACCGGCUUGCAGACCUCUGUGCCGUGGGGUCCCCCUUUGCCCGUGCCAGCCUCAAAAGUGGGAAGACAGAGAGUUCAUCGUAUUUCCGGAGGAAGGAGAAGAUGUUCCGGUUCUUCAUCCGGCGCAUGGUGAAGGCGCAAAGCUUCUACUGGGUGGUGCUGUGUGUGGUGGCUCUGAACACACUCUGUGUGGCCAUGGUGCACUACAACCAGCCGCAGCGGCUCACCACAGCUCUGUACUUUGCAGAGUUUGUUUUCCUGGGUCUCUUCCUCACAGAGAUGUCCCUGAAGAUGUAUGGCCUGGGGCCCAGAAGCUACUUCCGGUCCUCCUUCAACUGCUUUGACUUUGGGGUCAUUGUGGGGAGCAUCUUUGAAGUGGUCUGGGCUGCCAUAAAACCAGGAACUUCCUUUGGGAUCAGCGUGCUGAGGGCCCUCCGCUUGCUGCGGAUCUUCAAGGUCACAAAGUACUGGAACUCCCUGAGGAACUUGGUGGUGUCUCUGCUCAACUCCAUGAAGUCCAUCAUCAGUCUCCUCUUUCUGCUCUUCCUGUUCAUUGUGGUCUUUGCUCUCCUGGGGAUGCAGCUGUUUGGGGGACAGUUUAACUUCAAAGAUGAGACUCCAACGACCAACUUCGACACCUUUCCUGCUGCCAUCCUCACGGUCUUCCAGAUCCUAACAGGAGAGGACUGGAAUGCAGUGAUGUAUCAUGGGAUAGAAUCUCAAGGUGGAGUGAGCAAAGGCAUGUUCUCCUCCUUUUACUUCAUCGUCCUGACGCUGUUUGGAAACUACACCUUGCUGAAUGUCUUCCUGGCCAUCGCUGUGGACAACCUUGCCAACGCCCAGGAGCUGACCAAGGAUGAAGAGGAGAUGGAAGAAGCAGCCAAUCAGAAGCUGGCUCUGCAGAAAGCCAAGGAAGUAGCUGAAGUCAGCCCCAUGUCUGCGGCCAACAUCUCCAUUGCUGCCAGGCAGCAGAACUCGGCCAAGGCUCGCUCGGUGUGGGAGCAGCGGGCCAGCCAGCUUCGGCUGCAGAACCUGCGGGCCAGCUGUGAGGCGCUGUACAGUGAGAUGGACCCGGAGGAGCGGAUGCGCUAUGCAACCACACGCCACCUAAGACCAGACAUGAAGACGCACUUGGACCGGCCUCUGGUGGUGGAGCCACCAGGGCGGGAUGGCCCACGGGGUCCCAUGGGGGGCAAAGCCCGACCUGAGGGCACGGAGGUCACCGAGGGUGUAGACCCACCACGACGGCACCACCGACAUCGUGACAGGGACAAAGUUCAGGCUGUGGUCCCCGCAGUGGGCGAACAGGACAGGGCUGAUGCUGUGAAGGCGGAGAGUGUGGACCCUGGAGCGCGGGAGGAGCGGGCACGUCCACACCGCAGUCGCAGCAAGGACGCGGCAGGUGCGCUGGAGUCCCGGAGCGAGCGCAGCAGGGGCCCGGGCCCUGAGGGUGGACGACGGCACCACCGGAGGGGUUCCCCGGAGGAGGCUGCUGAGCGCGAGCCCCGGCGCCACCGUGCUCACCGGCACGGUCCAGAACAGGGCAAGGAAGGUGUUGCACCUACUGCCAAGACCGAGAGGCGCUUGCGGCACAGGGGCCCCCGGGCCGGUUCCAGGGAGGCAGAGAGUGGUGAGGAGCCUAUGCGACGGCACCGGGCGCGGCACAAGGUGCCGUCUGUUCAGGAGCCCACUGAAAAGGAGGCCACAGAGAAGGAGGCUGCAGAGAAGGAGGGCGAGAUGGCGGAGGCGGACAAGGAGAUACGGAACCACCAGCCCAAGGAGCCUCACUGUGGCCUGGAGGCCAGUGGGGUGAUGGGCAUAGCCCCUGUGCACGUGCUGCCCAGCACCUGUCUCCAGAAGGUGGAGGAACAGCCAGAAGAUGCAGACAAUCAGAGAAAUGUCACUCGGAUGGGCAUCGAAUCCUCAGACCCGAGCAGCACCUUACAUGUCCCAGUGACACUGGCAGGCCCUCCUGGGGAGACCACAGUUGCUCCCAGUGGUAACCUGGACCUGGAGAGCCAAGCAGAGGGGAAGAAGGAGGCAGAAGCUGAUGAUGUGCUGAGGAGUGGCCCCCGGCCCAUCGUCCCGUACAGCUCCAUGUUCUGUCUAAGCCCCACUAACCUGCUUCGCCGCUUCUGCCAUUACAUCGUCACUAUGCGGUACUUUGAAAUGGUCAUUCUUGUGGUCAUUGCCCUGAGCAGCAUCGCCUUGGCUGCUGAGGAUCCUGUGCGGACAGACUCUUCCAGGAACAAUGCUCUCAAGUACAUGGAUUACAUCUUCACAGGUGUCUUCACCUUUGAGAUGGUGAUGAAGAUGAUUGACUUAGGACUGCUGCUGCACCCUGGAGCCUACUUUCGGGACCUGUGGAACAUUUUGGAUUUCAUUGUGGUCAGUGGGGCCCUGGUGGCAUUUGCCUUCUCGAGCUUCAUGGGAGGAUCCAAAGGGAAAGACAUCAACACCAUCAAGUCCCUGAGAGUUCUUCGCGUCCUGAGGCCCCUCAAGACCAUCAAACGACUGCCUAAGCUCAAGGCUGUGUUUGACUGUGUGGUGAACUCCCUGAAGAAUGUGCUGAACAUCCUGAUUGUCUACAUGCUCUUCAUGUUCAUAUUUGCCGUCAUUGCAGUACAGCUCUUCAAAGGGAAGUUUUUCUACUGCACUGAUGAAUCCAAGGAGCUGGAGAGGGACUGCAGGGGUCAGUAUUUGGAUUAUGAAAAGGAGGAAGUGGAAGCUCAACCAAGGCAGUGGAAGAAAUACGACUUCCACUAUGACAACGUGCUCUGGGCCCUGCUCACACUCUUCACGGUGUCCACCGGAGAAGGGUGGCCCAUGGUGCUGAAACACUCCGUGGAUGCCACCUAUGAAGAGCAGGGUCCAAGCCCUGGGUUUCGCAUGGAGCUAUCCAUCUUCUAUGUGGUCUACUUUGUGGUCUUCCCCUUCUUUUUUGUCAACAUCUUUGUGGCCUUGAUCAUCAUCACCUUCCAGGAGCAGGGGGACAAGGUGAUGUCUGAAUGCAGCCUGGAGAAGAAUGAGAGGGCCUGCAUUGACUUUGCCAUCAGCGCCAAGCCCCUGACACGGUAUAUGCCCCAAAACAAGCAGUCGUUCCAGUAUAAGACAUGGACGUUUGUGGUCUCCCCCCCCUUCGAGUACUUCAUCAUGGCCAUGAUAGCCCUCAACACAGUAGUGCUGAUGAUGAAGUUCUAUGAUGCGCCGUAUGAGUAUGAGCUGAUGCUGAAGUGCCUGAACAUGGUGUUCACCUCCAUGUUCUCCCUGGAGUGUGUGCUGAAGAUCAUCGCCUUUGGGGUGCUGAACUAUUUCAGAGAUGCCUGGAAUGUCUUUGACUUUGUCACUGUGUUGGGAAGUAUUACUGAUAUUUUGGUAACAGAGAUUGCGAACAACUUCAUCAACCUCAGCUUCCUUCGCCUCUUCAGAGCUGCACGGCUCGUCAAGCUGCUGCGCCAGGGCUACACCAUCCGCAUCCUGCUGUGGACCUUCGUCCAGUCCUUCAAGGCGCUGCCCUAUGUGUGCCUCCUCAUUGCCAUGCUGUUCUUCAUCUACGCCAUCAUCGGCAUGCAGGUGUUUGGAAACAUUGCCUUGGACGACGACACCAGCAUCAACCGGCACAAUAACUUCCGCACAUUCUUACAAGCCCUGAUGCUGUUGUUCAGGAGUGCCACGGGGGAGGCCUGGCAUGAAAUCAUGCUGUCUUGUCUGAGCAACCGGGCCUGUGACCCAGAUGCCAAUGCCAGUGAGUGUGGGAGUGACUUUGCCUACUUCUACUUCGUGUCCUUCAUCUUCCUUUGCUCCUUCCUGAUGUUAAAUCUAUUUGUGGCUGUGAUCAUGGACAACUUUGAGUACCUAACACGAGACUCUUCUAUCCUUGGGCCUCACCACCUGGACGAGUUCAUCCGGGUCUGGGCUGAGUACGACCCAGCUGCGUGUGGGCGCAUCAGUUACAAUGACAUGUUUGAGAUGCUGAAGCACAUGUCCCCGCCUCUGGGGCUGGGGAAGAAGUGCCCUGCUCGAGUUGCAUACAAGCGCCUGGUUCGCAUGAACAUGCCCAUCUCCAGUGAGGACAUGACUGUGCACUUCACAUCCACGCUGAUGGCCCUCAUUCGAACUGCACUGGAGAUCAAGCUGGCCCCAGCUGGGGCAAAGCAGCACCAGUGUGAUGCAGAGCUGAGGAAGGAGAUCUCCUCUGUUUGGGCCAAUCUGCCCCAGAAGACCUUGGACUUGCUGGUGCCACCCCACAAGCCUGAUGAGAUGACGGUGGGGAAAGUCUAUGCAGCACUGAUGAUAUUCGACUUCUACAAACAGAACAAAACCACAAGAGAUCAGAUUCACCAAGCUCCAGGAGGCUUAUCCCAGAUGGGCCCGGUGUCCCUGUUCCACCCUCUGAAGGCCACCCUGGAGCAGACGCAGCCAGCUGUACUCCGAGGAGCUCGGGUUUUCCUUCGGCAGAAGAGCUCUACGUCCCUCAGCAAUGGUGGGGCCAUACAAACUCAAGAGAGUGGCAUCAAGGAGUCCGUGUCCUGGGGCACUCAGAGGACCCAGGAUGCACUUUAUGAGGCUAGGGCACCCCUGGAACGUGGCCACUCAGCAGAGAUCCCUGUGGGGCAGCCAGGAACACUGGCUGCGGAUGUACAGAUGCAGAACAUGGCACUGAGGGGUCCUGAUGGGGAGCCCCAACCUGGGCUGGAGAGCCAGGGCCGGGCUGCCUCCAUGCCCCGCCUGGCAGCAGAAACACAGCCGGCCCCUGAUGCCAGCCCCAUGAAGCGCUCCAUCUCCACGUUGGCCCAGCGCCCACACGGGGGCCACCUCUGCAACACCACCCUGGACCGCCCUCCCCCCAGCCAGGCACCACAUCACCACCACCAUCGCUGCCACCGCCGUAGGGACAAGAAGCAGAGGUCCCUGGAGAAGGGGUCCAGCCAGCAUGCCGACACGGAUGGCGCACCAAACAGCGCUGCAGGGCCCAGCCUGCCCCCAGGAGAGGGGCCCACAGGCUGCCGGCGGGAACGGGAACGCAAGCAGGAGCGAGGCCGGUCCCAGGAGAGGAGGCAGCCCUCGUCCUCUUCCUCAGAGAAGCAACGCUUCUACUCCUGUGACCGCUUUGGAGGCCGUGAGCACCCUCAGCCCAAGCCCUCCCUCAGCAGCCACCCCACGUCCCCAACAGCAGGGGAGCCGGGACCCCCACCACAGGGUAGUGGUUCAAUUAACGGGAGCCCCUUGCUGUCAACAUCUGGUGCUAGCACCCCGGGCCGAGGUGGGCGGAGGCAGCUCCCCCAGACACCCCUGACUCCCCGCCCCAGCRUCACCUACAAGACCGCCAACUCCUCCCCUGUCCACUUUGCUGGGGCUCAGAGUGGCCUCCCGGCCUUCUCCCCUGGCCGGCUCAGCCGUGGGCUUUCUGAACACAAUGCUUUGCUCCAGAGAGACCCCCUGAGCCAGCCCCUGGCUCCAGGCUCUCGCAUCAGCUCUGACCCUUACCUGGGGCAGCGCAUGGACAGCGAGGCCUCUGCCCACACCCUGCCUGAGGACACACUCACCUUUGAGGAGGCCGUGGCCACCAACUCAGGCCGCUCCUCCAGGACUUCCUAUGUGUCUUCCCUGACCUCUCAGUCCCACCCUCUCCGCCGUGUGCCCAACGGCUACCACUGCACUCUGGGACUCGGCACUGGCAGCCGGGCGCGGCACAGCUACCACCACCCAGACCAAGACCACUGGUGCUAG